AGAACUGGUCAGUUCUUUAUUUUUAUUUUAAAAUCCUGCUUUUGAAGGUAUGUAAUUUUGAUGAUUUUCCAAUGCAGUAGCGUCAGGCAUGGAUGAAGAUCAACACGCAAAUUCAGGUCCUUCUAACAAAUCACCAAAUCAAGUGCCCCAAAAGCAAAAAAAAAAGCCAAGAGGCCCUACAAAAGGAAUAAAAUCCAUGCCCGGGGUUCCAAGAAUAAUUGAAUGGGAUCACUUGGACCGACCCACAGGGAAAUGGGCAACGGAUUACAAGAAUCACAUUGGCGAGAUAAGUCGCGCAAAGGUUUCAAUAUUGAUCAGAACCUGGGAAGAUGUUUCACAAGGAAUAAAAGACACUUUGUGGGAAGACGUCAAGAGAGAAUUUCAUAUCACAGAUGAAACUAAGAAAGAAGUUGUCUUAAAGAGUUGUGAUAAGCGUUGGAGGGAAUUCAAAUCAAGAUUGACGACUGGUUGGAUCCGGGGUACAAGAAAAAGGCCAAAAGAUGAAAAGAUGCCAUAUGAUUUGUAUAGUUAUAUAACUAAGGAUAUAUGGAAGGAAUUUGUGAAGAUACGUACCUCCGAAGAAGCUGAGGAAAUAAGUGAGAAAGCAAGACAAAGUCAAUCUUUCAACAUAUAUCCUCAUCAUAUGGGACAGAAAUCAUAUGCUGAAAUGACAAGUGAAUGGCAGAGAAAAGGGUACAUUCCCUUAGUUUCUUCGUCAUCUUAAGGUUCCUCUGCGUCUACAAUUUCUUCAAGUUUGCCGAGUAGGACAUGUUUAUGGCUUCUUGCAAGAUCGGUACCAGAUGAGAAAGGAA